AGAUCGUGUACAACAGCCAGGUAGGUGUACAAGUAGCAUGGACAACACAAACAUUCCUGACGAUGGUGUCACUGGUGGGACGGGCAACACGGAGGAUGGCGGGAAGACACCAGAGGUGGUGAUGCGGCGGCCCAAGAAUGUCUUUGAGCCCGCGUACCGCGACAGCGACCGGGUGGAGAGCAAGAAAGACGGAAAGAAACCCGGGGAGAAAGAGAAGCGCGUCAAGUGGAGCGAAUCGACGGAGCUGAGGGAGAAGAUGAAAGUGUACCGGAGAAGCCAGUAAGUAUCUGGUGGGAAAGGUGUGUGAGGGGUGGGGGUGGCCUACGUCUGACCUAGAGGUCAGUAAGCACUUGAGGAAAGUUUGUGUGGAGGGUCUAUGUCUGAAUUAUAAGUCAGUAAGUCUCUGGUGGAAAAAAAAAUGUGUGGAGGGCUAUGUCUGACGUGGAAGUCAGCAAGUCGCUGGUGGAAAAAAAAGUGGAGGGAGUGAGUUAGUUUCUAUGUCUGAAUUAUAAGUCAUAAAGUCCUUGGUGAAAGAUGCGUGUGUGUGUGGGGGGGGGGGGGUUAUGUCUAACGUAGAUAUCAGCAAGUGCAUGGUGACUGGGUCUAUGUUGAGCCGUAUUCGAGGACAUGAGGCGCAAAGAGCACGAACUUAAGUUGCGUCCCUAUACAGCUUGAUAAACCCCCCUAUUUUUUUAAUAUAUACUUAGGAUUUACCACACAAUACAGAUUAGUGAGCAAACAUUUUAGCUUAUAGAAAAAAGUUAAACAGACUUUUAAGUAAACUCGAUUUUUUUAUCGAGAUUGACAAUUAAUUAUACGCUCAUGGGUCAUGACCCAUGCCUUUUCUUGACCUACUCCGCCAGGUUAGACCUAUGCCUAAUGUCUGUUGUCUCUGUUAAUACUGUUCUCGUUCAACGUCUGUUGUCUUUCAAAGUCUGUUGUCCUUCAAGGUCGAGAUGAUUGCUAGUUGCUUGAUUGAGUGGUCAGGAUAACAAUGAAUUUAAAGAUGCUAUUUUUUUUAUAAAUUUUGAAUACAAAUGAAGAUAAUGAAUGAGGUUAAAUAUUUUCACUUCGUACAUCCUGUUACAAGAUUUUAAUCAAUUGUCAUAAAAGUCCGUAUGUGUUGCAUGAAUACAUUUAUUUGGAACUCUUCAAAAAUGGAGACAAUUUUAUUUCGGUAAGACUCUGAUAAAAAAUUAAUGGUGUUGCAAUAAUUUUCAAUAAUAAAUUAAGCCUUUUCUAAAGUUAAUCAUGUAAGCCUAUUUAUCUGAAGAUAAUUUCUUUUUCAGUUACGGUUACACAUGACUUAUCGAACAUUCUUUAGAUUUACCUCCCCUUCCUCACGGAAACUCUUUUACGCGAAUACUAAUAGUAAAUAGGCCGUCUAAUUAAAAUUAGGAACUACAAUUUUUUCAAUAUAGGCUAUAUAUAGGCCUAUAUUUUUUAUCUAUAAAAUUAUGCAAUUCGGUAAAGGAGAUGAAUUUUAUAUUUUCUGUAAAUGACUAACCUGUUUUUGGCUUUUCAAGUUGAUCUAUUCAUAGAAAAUGAUCAGUUCAUGUUGUUGAGUGCAAUGUCAGGUAUGUCUGUCACUGUCUGUGUAGUGGUAGUCUGUAGGCUACACUGUAGGCCUAGAUCUACCAUGAGUAUGAGUCAGAGUCAGCACAUCAAUUAAAAAUGUUUAUAUUUUCUUGUCAUUAACAGAUAAGUGGUGUUGUGUAAGUGCAUUAAAAAAAAAAUCUUCAACACAGUAACAUUCCAAAAUAGUUAUUUAUUAUUUGGUUUUCUGGAUUAAAAUAUUUAUUUCCACAAAUGAUCUUAUAUCUUUACUUUAUUAACUCAAUUAACUGAUCAUGAAUAUAAUUCUAUUUUAAUCAUUUUCAGUUCAAUAAUGGGGGAAUAUUUUUUUUUUUUUUUUUUUUUAAAUUUAAAUUAUAAUUUUUCAGCACACACUUUUCAACUUUUUUAUAUUUUCAGUUCAAUAAUGGGGGAAUAUUUUUUUUUUUUUUUUUUUAAAGUUAAAUUAUAAUCUUUCAGCACACACGUUUCAACAUUUUUCUCCAUCUAGAAACAGAUUUCACCCAUCUAUUCUUAUUUGAAUGUGCUAAAAAUAAACAAUUAGGCCUAUACAUGAUAAUAAAUUGUUAGAAGGAUGAAAAGAUUGGCAUUUUUAAAUACAAUAGGGGUGGAGUUGGGGAGGGGUCUGCUCUGGGAAUGAAUUAAAAUUUGUGGAAAAUAUAUCUCAAACUGCCAAUUCUGUCUCAUUCAAUUAGUGAUAUUACUUUAUUGUACCAACGUAAUGAUAAAUACAAAUGUUUUGCAUUCAUCUUAUGAAAAUUAAAAAAAUUUUCUGACUUAAUUUCUGUAAACUGCUGUUAUAUGCAUUUUACUGGUACAUGGGUGUGAAAGAUUAGCUACAUCUAUAUUACCGGUAUAUAGGCGUGAAAGAUUAGUUACGGUAUAGCUAAGUAAUAUUAAAAAUGUUUUAAUGAUCUAAACAAAAAUAAAAAAUUGUUAUCGCACUACGGGUAUACAUAUUCAGCUUAUAAAUAAAAACGUAUCUUUUAUUCCCAUAAGGCUAGACAUUCCAUUAGAUUACCAUCAUAUUGCUGUAGAAGAGCAAAGAGAGAAAGAAGGGGUUAAGGUCUGGAGGAGCAGUCUUAGAGGUGAAGAUGAUGAUGAAGAAAUUGAGCUCAAAAGUAAGUAACAUUGUAAAUGCGAUCUGGUUUAUCCAGGGUAGCCUAAGUGAUGAAAAAGAGUCAUAGGAAAAUGGAAAAAUCUGGUUUUGUUAACUCUUCAAAUGAAUUUGAUACUUGAAUUUGAAUUAAUUUGAUACUUGCAUUUGAUACUUAAAUUCAUUUGAUAUUUUAAUUUGAUAAUGAAAUUCAUUUGCAAAGACAAAUAAGAAAUUGCAUGUUCCUGUAGUUAAUGAGGAGAAGGCAAGCUAUAAUAAUAUUUUUUCUAUAUUUGUCAUUGAUACAUCUUGAAAAUAUGUGUUAUUUUUUGUUAUAGUAAACUCAUAUGCUAUAUGUUUCAGUAUCACCCUUGGCAGCCACUGUCCCAGCAGCAGCCAGCUUUUGUACAGAUGAAGCAAUUUUUGUGGAAGAAAAUUCUGAAUCCACAGACUCAGAUGCUGGUGACCCACUUCUUGACUUAGGUGAUUUCUUGCAGCUGAGUUUCUGCAACUAAAACAACACUUUUUUUUAAAAUGUCUAUGUACCGUCUUUACGUAAGUAGGCAAAUAGGGACCAGAGGCUCUAUAACUGAUGAACCUGUCAACUCAAACUUUGCUUGGUUUAAGUGAUUAAAACAUCCAUGAAAUAUGUUGUGAUGGACUACACUUCACAAAACAAUGUUUACCAAAUGUGUAAACUGGAGAUCAAUGUUAUAAAUAAUUUAAUAGAGAGCUGUCGGAACAAAUGUGAAAAAGUUAAAUGUUUAUAAUUUGCUGCAGUAGAAGAGCUUUAUAGUGUCUGAUCACCACAAUUUAUUUACAAAGAGAAAGAAAAAAAUGUCCUCUGAAAAGGCACAGGGGACCUUUUUAAACUGAAGUUUAAAGCUGUCUAGCAAAUAUUCAUAGUAAAUUUCAAGCCUAUAAUCAUGCAGAGUGUAUUUGAAACUCUAAAAACAUAUUUGAUACCAGUAUACCAAAUUUUUCAUAGAUGUAUUGUGCUGUAGGAAUUAAAAGAAAAUUCUCCUUUUAUAGGACAUGAUUUGUCUAAUGUAGUUUCUAUCUACAGGUUUGUUAGAAAAUUCAUACAUUUGAAUUUAUAAUCACUUUUUAUGAACCUGGGAUCAAAUUCUACCACUGUUCAACUGUUGUACAUUUUGAAACAUAUUAUGAUUUAUUUUAAUCAUUAUUUGAACAUAUAUUUUGAUUUUCUUUUUACUGUUUUCAUAUUUCAACUUCUCUGAUAGAUUUAGACAAGAUGCUUCAUGUGAUCAAAAUUAAAACAACCAAGUACACAGUGUACCCUGCAUAUUGUGCAGCUGUUGUAGCGGUGAGCCACCUUAAACAACUUAUAAUUAAAUAAAUAAUUUUUAAAAUUGAUACCAGUAACUAAAAAGUCUUCUUUUAUAUUUAUUCAUUUAAUUAAUUUCAUAUGUGACAAAAACAGGAUUAUAAUAGAAAGAUCAAUCAAAGAAAUAUUUCCUUCGUUAUUAUUUAGUUCUUAACAUUUACCAAAUCACCUUACUGUUUGGAAAUGGAAUUAGGCUGUUUUUAUUAACAGGAAAAAACAUUCUUUUGAGUUUCUAAUAAGUUGUAAUAUCAAGUAUAUGUAUAAUAUAUCUAUUAAUUUGAUACAAUGUAUGGUUAAAUUUAAAAACUAUUUUCUUUUUAAGUACGAAGAAUGGUUAUCGAAAAAGGACAACACAAAUGAUCUCUCUGAUGAUCGGAUAGCCAAUAUGCGAUCACAGCUGGAGUUGUAUAAGAGAAUUGUCUGUCUGUACGAGCAGUGGAGUGAUCAGGAUGAUGAUGACACGGCUUGUUCGAGAUAUGAGGAGAUUUCAUCCUUGCUUCAAAAAGCCACUGAUCUUGGGGCAGCACCUCAGAAUGUUACAAAACUUAUAGUGAGUGAUGUCCCAUUAAAUCAUAGGCUAUCGUUCAGUGUUAGAAUAAUAUUUUAUCUAUAAAUCUUUCUUCAUAAAAGUUUGUAUUGAAAUAGAUAGGCCUACAGUACUUAUUAGAAUUUUUAAUUUAUUUGAAAAUAAAAAAAUUUCAUAAUGCUACAGAUUUUUUUAAAAACAAUUAAUAAUAACUGAUUGACUUUCAACUUCAAAAUUCUAAUAUUUAUGCUUAGAACUCAAAAAAAAUCACAUGAAUUCUUUUGCAGUUACAAAUUAAAAAUAGUAUUUUGUUUUCAUUUGAUCUGAUUCCCACAUUUUUCUCAGACUGAGGUCAUCAAUGAUGAAGAAAAUGCCCAAAAACAAGUUGAUGUCUAUAACAACAUGGUGCAAGAAAUGAUUUCCACACUAGACACAGCCAUUGAGGUGUGAAUGAUCGUAUAGUGUAAACAUGUUCAGUAGAAUGAUGUGGUGUGUUAGUUUUAUAACAUUUGUUGUAAUGAAUACCAAGGGCUGUUAUGGCUUUGUUUACUUCAUUAUCUAUUGACAUCACCCAAUCCCUUGCUAAAAAUGUGUUGUUAUUAAAUACAGGUAUAUCAAUUAUUGCUACCAGUGUCCAUGAUUUUCAUCUAAAAAAAACUUUACUCUUUCAUUAUAAUAAGCCUUUGUACAGGUAAACAGCAAAUCAAUGGAAAAAAAAGUGAUAAUAUAAAAUCUUAAGAUUUAAUUUUAAAUGAGUACAUUUAUUUAUUUUUUCAGAAAUAAAAGAAAAAUAAAGUACUUAAUAUAAUUAACUUAUUUGUUUAAUAUGUUUGUGUAAAAGGGGGUGGAGGUAAGAGUUAAAUAAAAACUUUGGUUCAAAAAGUUUACUAGUUUAAUAAAAAAUUGUUAAUUAAUUUUUCUCAUCGGGAAAGUUUAAGUCCAUCAUUGUUGAUUAAAUAAAAUAUUCCUUACGUACACCAUUAGCAUAAAUUAUUUGAAUGUGUUUAUGUAUCAAAUAUGUUCUUUGGAUUUGUAUAUACUUUGUAAUAAAUCAUGUAAAUAACUGAGUUCAAAUAGUACUGUCUCCUGAACAGAAGUAUCACAAAAUUUCUGUGUUUCAUCUUUUAAACUAGUGUUGUCUUCAUCAUAUGAAGGAUUAAAGAAUGUAUUGAGUCAGUUGCUGAGAAGAUCUUUCUGUUUGUAGUAAAUUGUAGUGCUAAAAUAUGUAUGUCAGUGGGUGUUGUAGAUUUCUCUUCUUACUGGCAAUAAAUACAAGUAGUCUUUUUUGAAGAUCUCAUGUCUGAAAUGCACAUUUUUAUACAAACAAUGAAAUAAAAGAAACAAUACAAAGAUUUAUGAAUGAGUGUGAGGAUUAUUACUCUAACAUGCCUUUCCUUCGAGUUCAAUUAGAAUUUCAUUACUGACAUAAUAGCUCCCAAUAAACAUACUUUCAAAAAAAUAUAUAUAUUAAGUUUUUUUAAUAAUACAUAGAUUUGUGAUAUUUUUUAAGGUAGCACUCUGUAGGAUAAUUAAAAUUAUUUCCGUUAUAUUUAUUAUAAGGUCAUUUUUUUUGUUGAAACUUUCAUUAAUUUUUUGUGAUGUUUAAUGUUUCAAAAAUAUUUUUAAAAUUUUUAAAAACUUCCCACCAACGUAGAGAGAUGAAAUUUGGUUGACAACCCACAGUAGUCAGAUGAAAUAAUUUAAUCUCUCAAAGCUUGGCAGGUCUUCAAAUUUACUGAAUGAGAAGUACCUCAAUUUAAAAUAGUUCACUUAAUUCUAAGUGUAACAUUUAACUUUUAUUGACUGCGUUGAGUCUAGAGAAGCCACUUUAUUAAAAAAAUCUAAUAAGCCAUAUGCCAAUAGUAAUAGCAUUUUAGUUUCAUCCCUUGUGCUGGCGAGAAAGGACAAUAUCUAAGUCGCAGUGUUGUUAAAAGAGAAAAAUCGCUGGAAUUAAUUUAUUUUAAGUUAUACGAUAAUUUGAAUUUAUAAAUGAAAGCUUUCUUUAAAAACACCUGUCCCAUCCUUUUACUUUUACUUAUUAAUUUCACAUAGACUAGCUUCAAAUUUUCGUCUCGACUAAUCAAUUAAAUUUUAUCAGCUAAUUAAUCCAAAUCUCACCCGCUGUUUUCUGGAGGAAGAUGAAUUGUUAGACUUUCUUUUUAUUUACCCUCUCAAGUCAAUGUUUAGUCCAGUGCUUUGUAGUAGGAGAUAAUUUCAGAGUUUUGCGUUAUAUAAUUAUUAUUGGGUGUGUGGCCCCACUCUGUACAAUGGAUUCUACAACACUCGCUCUCGCAAUAAUGGAGUAGCUACAGGCGGUGAUCAGGGGUCACAAAACCGGUCCCUUUGACCCAAACCGGUCCCUUUGACCCAAACCGGUGUUUUCGAUAUUGAAGUUUGCGAAUACCGGAAUCCCCGUAUAUCCGCUAUUGUCAAUAUUUAGAGAAUUUUGCGUCAAGAUUAGAGGUUGUCACAAAUGACUGGGGCGGGGGUAUAGGACAGAGCUCCAUUGUUGUUAAAGUAACUUAUAGGAUGGAAGGAAACUGCUGUUAAUGGGGUUAAGUUAAGGUUAAUAGACUCUC